ACCAGCGGCAGGUAGCGAGCCUCCACCCAGACAAGCGCCACACGGUCGACUCACCUGAACAGUUCCCUCCACGUUCUGCACAGAUCCAGCCAUGAGGGGGCGCUCUCCUCUGCUCCAUCUCCUUGUCGCCGUCUUCAUCCUGUCAGUCUGCAGAGCAGCAGCAGAGCUCAGGAUCUGCUCGUACAACGUGCAGAACUUCAACCUGCAGAAGGCCUCCAACUACAGACUGAUCCACACUCUGACCCGGGUGCUGGGUCGCUGCGACGUCAGCCUCCUGCAGCACGUCGUGGACUCGGGCGGUGAAGCCAUCAACAAGCUGCUGGCGGCGCUGAACAGGGGAACCGACAGGUAUGACGACUUCACCUACAAGUCGGUGUCCAGUCAGAGUAUGGGAAGGUCACCUGCCGACAUGCAGCAGUACGUCUUCAUCUACAGAACCGAGACGGUGAACCUGACGGGUCAGUACCAGUACUCCAGCAAACAGUCCUUCGUCAGAGAGCCGUUUGUGGUUCAGUUCCAAAGCAACAGAACCGCGAUCAAGCAGUUUGUUCUGGUUCCGCUCCACACUGAGCCCAGUAAUGCAGUCCACGAGAUCGACCGGCUCUACGACGUCUUCCAGGAAGUCAGCAAGAAGUGGAACAACAAGAACGUGAUGUUCCUCGGAGAUUUCCACGCCAGCUGCGCCUACGUCACCAGAAAGGACCGGAAGAACAUCCGACUUUACAAGAACUCAAACUUCUCCUGGUUGAUCGGAGACAAAGUCGACACGACGGUGACGGAUGCCACAAACUGUGCAUACGACAGGAUCGUGGUACACGGAGAACCCUUCCUGAAGGCCAUCACACCGUUCUCUGCAAAAGUCUUCAACUUUGCCAAAGAGUUCAAACUGUCCAAGACCAGGGUUCUCGAGGUGAGUGAUCAUUUUCCCAUCGAGGUGAGACUGAAGAGCUCCGCCCCCUUCCUGCUCCAGGCCACGCCCCUCCUGCUGCUCCUGUUCUCCUGGAUCGUCCUGUGAGGAGGUUCUGCUGUUGGUUCUCCCGUUGGUUCUCUCUGAUCUCAGGUGUCUUUAACUGAUGUUUCUUAUAUUAAAGGAUGUCAGAUACAAGAAUUUAGAGCUUUAAGUAACUUUAAACUCAGCAGGUUUUUGCCAAAGAAACCCAGAACUGAACCUGUGAGUUCGUAUUAUCCAGCCACAUGAGCUGAGCAGUGAUAAAGUGCCAUUGAGCAGCGUCAGUAGAACCGCAGACCCGCGGCUGGCGCUGCCUCUACAUGUGGACUGGUUAUCAGCUCUACUUUCCUGUUUCCUGUUUCUCUGUUUCUACUUCCUGUGUGUGUUUGCAGCUUCAGUCUGUACAGGAGCUGCUGUAAAU